GUGUCAGAAAAUUCUCCUAAGGUAUUCUACUCCUUUUUUUAAAAAAAAAAAAUCAGAAUAGAGAAAGUGCAGAAAAAAGAAGCUAACUGUCAACUGUCAUUACAGUCCACAACUUCCACCACCUCCAAUGGCGGCCAUCGCCACCGCCACGGCCACCUCCUACCUCUCUACCACCUCUCUCUGCCGCCACCAAUCUUCAACUUUUUGUUUCUCAUCCCUCACUUACCCAAUCAAUUUUUCAACUUUUUCACUUAAUGCCCAAUUUAACCCUCCUCGUACUUCCUUCCCCAUAUUCUCCACUCUCAGUAAUCACCACGGAGGCGGAAACAUCGACGGCGACGGAGGCGGAGGCGGAGGAGGAGGUGGAGGAGGGAAGGAUGACGGGAAUGCAGGGGAAAGGAACAAGAAAGAAGCAAUAAUGGCUUUGGCUGAAGCCGAAAGGACAUUAGACAGCUUGCCUAAGGACUUGGCUUCCGCAAUUGAAGCCGGGAAAAUACCUCCGGCCGUCAUUCACCGGUUUUUGGAGCUCGAAAAGUCACCGGUGCUCCGGUGGCUGCUCAGCUUUGGUGGAUUUAGAGAACGGUUGCUGGCUGAUGAUCUUUUCUUAACUAAAGUUGCUAUAGAGUGUGGCAUUGGAAUUUUUACUAAGAGUGCUGCAGAGCUGGAGAAGCGUAGAGAGAAUUUCACAAAGGAGCUGGACUUUGUCUGUGCUGAUGUGGUGAUGGCCAUUGUUGCUGAUUUCAUGCUAGUCUGGCUCCCAGCUCCUACUGUCGGUCUCCGUCCUUCUCUGGCAAUUGGCUCUGGGCCUCUUACUAAACUUUUCUACAACUGUCCGGACAAUGCAUUUCAGGUUGUGUUGUCUGGUACUUCCUAUUCACUUUUACAGAGACUAGGCGCCAUAGUGAGAAAUGGGGCCAAACUAUUUGCAGUUGGUUCAGGUGCAUCUCUGGUUGGUACAGGUGUAACAAACACUUUAAUCAACGCACGGAAGGCUAUUGAUAAAACCUUUGCUGGUGAAGCUGAGAAUCUACCUGUUCUGUCUAGCAGUGCUGCCUAUGGUGUUUACAUGGCAUUCUCAAGCAACCUUAGGUAUCAAAUCCUUGCUGGAGUUAUUGAACAACGAAUAUUGGAGCCCUUGCUACACAAGAACAAGAUCAUGCUUGGUGCACUGUGCUUCGUUUUUCGAACUGGCAAUACCUUUUUGGGAUCAUUGAUGUGGGUGGAUUUUGCACGUUGGAUUGGAAUCCAAAGAUCACGAGAAUAAGAAGAAACAUAGAUAAUGGUUCCCAGUUUUAUGGUACCAAGUAUCGUUUGUACAAUUAUUUUUAAAAUUCAACUAUAACAGUGGUUAGAUUUUUUGGCACACUCUUUAUCGGUGCUUUAUUUUGUUUAAUUCAAAAGAAGUAUGGCUUCAAAAUC